UCAUUCCCUCAUAGUUAUCCACGAUUAUAAGUACAUUAAAAUGAAGUACGAUUUUGUGUGUAAGAAUGGCCAAAACACACCAGCUCUGGAUGACUACGAGGGAAUCUAUACAGUACAAUCGGCCAAUAUAAAUCGAACAUCACAAGAAACAGUCGAGGUAUCUACUCAAAUUAACCAACCAAUACAAGAAUUUCCAAAAGCCCUAAAUUCGUAUAAAGCCCUUAAGAAGCAAUACAAACCCUUCACUGGUUCUGAGAAAUUCCCUUUUCUAAACCAACCCUUAACUCUAAACCAUGAUCUUAAAGAUGAGCUGGUAACUAAUGGUAACGCAGAAGAGAUAAAAUUUAAACAAACAGAAUAUUCCGAUGAAGAUACCAAGAGAAAAGAAAAGGAGCUUGCAGUUAAAACGAUAGUCGAAAGGCUCAAAUUUAUACAAUCCCUUACCAGUAAUAGGGCUUACGAAGAAUACAAACAUGAGUUUGAAAAACACCAUGUCCAGGACAAGAUUGAAAAUAGCUUUAAACAGGAAAAGAAAGAAGUUAAACAUAUACAAAAAAUAGAAAAAUUUAAUAAAAAGGAGUUGAAAUGUGAGACGAAUAAGAAUGAUUUGCAAACGAUUAAAAUGACAGCAUUUGAUAUUGUUGAUGAAAAUAUCAAAAGAGCUGUCUCGGUAGCUGAAGAAAUAAAAAGGGAGAUUGAUGUGGAAUUGACAGAUAAACGGCAAACUAUAGAAAAAAGGGAAUUAAAAGUCGAUAACAAAGUCAAGUCUUCUGGUUUUCAAAAGGAAAGUUUCGAGAAUAAAGAUAAACAAACGACUGAAUCUUCUCUAAAAAGAUUAACUAAACAAAGUGCUUUUAAUCUUGGCCUGCAAACUAUACCUUAUAUGAAAUCUUACAUGGAAUCUAAUUAUUUCAAAACAAUUAUUGUAAAAACGAUAUUUCUUCACUUAACUAAGUUCCUAGUGUCUUUAUCAAGAUACAUGUUAAGUAAACAGAAAUCAAUGAAACAAAUAUAUGAGUACAAUAAGCAACUUAAAGAAAGUCAAUAUAUCAUGUUUGAAGGACAAGAUGAAGAGUAUUAUGAAGACAGAAUUUUGUCUGGAGCUGAAAUGUCAAGAAAAUUUGGUAAAACUCCUUUAGAAUUUACUGAAAAGAUGGACCAAGUAAUAAUUGAAAUGGAAGGUGAAACUAGAGUCGAGAGAAGUAGGUCCAGAAGUCGAAGCAGAGUUACAGAAAGUGUGACAAGUAAUGAAUGGGAAUAUGAAAUGAAAACUAAAGUAAUGGAAGAGUUGGUGAAGAAAUUUUACUAUGCCUACGUAUUGUUCGUAGGAUGGAGUGAGUAUUAUGAUGUUGGUGAAGUAAAGCAAUCCAAAGAGCGUCUAGAGUCUUCUACAGAGGAGAUAAUGAAGAAGGACAUAAUUGAGAAAGAACUUAAAGAGAUUGUUAUUAGGGAUGAGACUCCAUUGACUUACGUAGCUGUUGUUGAAUCUCAUGUUUAUCCAAAUGAAGAGGCUAUCCGACGAGAUACUUUGAAAAUAACUGAACAAGUUGAAAAAAUCGCGGUCGAUAUCAAAAAAGAACAAACGGCAACUUGCACUGAUCUCCAGCAUCACGUUGUAGAAAUAAGAAAAGAAAAACCAGAAAAGAUAGUAGUUGUCGAGUCUAUUGAAGACAUUACUCCGAUAGAUGAAGAAAAACCAGUAGCUUUCUUGGAAAAGGGAAUAACUGGAAUCACUGUCCAAACUACGGAAGUUUUAGAACCUGUGAUGGAAAUAAAAACUGAGCAAAUUCAACUGAAGCAAGCCCGUUCUUCAAUAGAAAAAUCUGGUGUCAAUAUAGCUAGCAGCGAGGCUAUAGUACUUCAAGAAGAAAAAGAUGAAGAAUUUGUUUUGCCUGAUACGCUGCCAAGAAAAUCAAUCACAAUGAUAGAACCCCCAUUAAAAAUAGUAGCUGAAACGACAGAGGUUCAAAUAAAUGAAAUGCAAACCGAACCACUGCAAGAAUUCAAAUCUAAAGUAGAAAUGUCUAAUGCAACUGUUGAACCAGUCAUAAAACCAGUUGCUGAAGUAUUUGAGACUACAAUAAAUCAACCAAAUACAGAAACAAUCGAGGCUCUUGAAGUUAAGCAAGAAAUGCCUAAAGUAUUAUUGGAGCCUAUAACAAAAUAUAUUGCUGAAACAAAUAUAGUAAAGACGGAUGAAGCAAAUAUAAGUAAGUUUGUUGAAAACAUUCCGAAGAACGAAAAUGUAAAAUCGUCUGUUGAAACACCAAACAAAAUUGUGGCUCAAAGAGAGCUUUUUAUAGACGCGGAAAGUACACAAAUUUUAGAUGAUUUAAAAAUAAAACAAGAAUUUUCUGACACUUUAGUAGAAACUCCUUCACAAACUGUAGCAAUGAAAAGCGAAACGUUCUUGGACGAAAUGAGCGUUGAGCUUGGCGCAAAAGUUGAUGUUAAAAGAGAAAGUAUCAAAAAUAUAUUUGAACCGCCCAUUCAGACCGUUGCUCAAAAACAUGAGACAUAUGUAGACACAGCUGAUCUAAGUAAGUUAGAAAAAAUAAAAAAUACCGAAGAAUCUACUCGUUAUUCAACUGAAACAUCGAUUAAGUCAGUUGCUGAAACCGGAGAAGUUGAUGUAACUAUUGCUGAUAUUGGUUUAUACAAUGAAGAAAAAGUGAAAGCCGAAAACACUGUCCUUGCUGUUGAAAGUUCUUUCAAAUCCAUUGCGGAUAAACUAGAACAUAUAACUAAUGAUGAAAGUAUUCAACAACUAGAUAAACUUAGUUUGGUUGGUGAAAAAAUUUCAGUUUCUGUAGAAAUGCCUUCCCAAAUCGUUGCAGAAACUAGUGAAAGUAUUAUUAACGAAUCUAGUGCAGAUUUGUUUGAAACUGCGAUAACAGAUAUCGAAAAUACCAAUAAUAAAGUAGAAACACCACAGAAAAUUGUAGCCCAGAUGUUUGAAACUUAUGUGAAUGAUUCUAGCAAAGAAUUUGAAAAGUUCGAUACCAAAAGCAGCAAGCUAGAAGCCGCAAUCGAAGAACCUGUAAAAACGAUUGUUGAAACAAAUGAAAUAUAUAUAAGUGAUGCUGUUGGGGUAAUUGGUGAAUUCAAAUUAAGUGAAGAAAAAUUAAAAUCUAAUCUUGAAACUCAAUUGAAAACAGUCGCUCAAUCUUAUGUAACAUUGACAGAUGAAAUAAGUGGUAUAUUUAAAAGUGAUAAAUUACAGACAGAUAACACUAGUUCUUUGAUUGAACCUCCGAUUAAAAGUGUAGCAUUGUCUAGUGAAACUUUAUUGAGCGAAACUGGCAGUAAAUUCGCAGAAAAGCAAAUAAUUCAAGAAAAUUCUAGAGUUUCUAUUGAAGUUCCAUUUAAAACGGUAGCCAAUAAGAUCGAAAUAAGUGCAAGCGAAGAAAUUGAAGGGAUUGUUGAAAAAUUCGAUACUAAAAUGGAAGUUUCUAAAGGUUCAAUCGAUACCAGUUGUAAGUCUGUUGCUGAAAUUAGUGCCAACAUAUUAAACGAAAGUAGUGUGGAAAUGGAAAUAAAAGAAUUAAAAACUAAUACACCUAAAACAUUAAUGGAUGAAUCAUUAAGAUUUGUAGCUGAAGCUGUUAUUCCUGUUAUCGAAGAACCUAGUGAGGCUCUUGAUACGCCGAAAAUAAUCAACGAAGAAGCUAAACUAGCUAUAGACAACUUUGAACCAACAAUAAUAACUGAAGUCUUACUCGCAGAACCGAACCAAGAAUCGUUUGAAGUACAAGAAGUUAAGAGUAAAAUACCUUCAUCGAAAUUAGAAGAACCUUUUUUACCAGUAGCAGAAACUAUUUAUCUGUCUACAGAGGGACCCAAGGAUGAUGUUUUCAAUGUUCCUAAAGUUAUUGAAGAGCACGCGAAUACUGAAUUUAAGAGCUCGGAAGCAACUAAAGUGACAGAUGUAUUACCUCUAGAACCUCCAUGUGAUUUACUUGAAGUUCCAGAAAUUAAACAUCGCCAGUCGCGAACCUUGUUAGAAGAGACGAAAUUUGUGGCUGCAAGUACAGAAAUUAAUUCUCAGUUAGGACCUAAAGAAGACAGCUUUAUUAUACCUAACAUAAUCAACCAGAAUGCCAAUUUAAAAAUAGACGAACUCAAAGCGAUUGAAACAUUAGUUGUUAAUUUAGAAGAAGCGACGCAAAAGUCGUCAGUGGAAUUUAAAAUAGAUGAAAUGAAGUCAAAAACAUCUAUUGAGGAUAAUUUGAAAACUGUAGCUCAAAAAGUUAUUGUCUCAGCGGCUGAGUCAGAAAAAGUCAUUUCUGACGUCAGUGAAGUUUCUGUACAAUCUGCUACUUUAGCUGUACAAUCUCUAGCAGCUUUAGCGCAAACAGCAGUGAUUCCUAUUGAAGAAGUCAAAACAGGAGCUAAAUCUUCCGAACUAUCCAGCCAUAACGCUAAAAUACUUUUACAAGAAUCAACCGCAGCUCACGUUUUACAAGUGAAUGCCAUAUCUUCUUCAAUAAAUGAAAACUUCGAGAUUUCUAAAAACUUGAAGAAAGUUGAAACAUCCGUCGAACGUUCUGAAGCAGCAUCGGCUAAGGCGUCCGAAAUUGAAGUUAAAGAAGCAAAAUGUGAAAUCACAGAAAUUGUAGAUGAUAAAUCAUAUGCAGACGUGGAAGCCGAAUUUACAGUCGAAUUGGCUCACGAUGAACCAGAAGUAGACGCUUCUGCUGAAUUGAGAAUAGUAAAAAAACAGGCUAUCAAAAAACAAGAGGAUAUGUCUGCAUCUUUGGAAAUACAAAAGGACAUCGAAUACAUAGAGAACGGUAUGACAUCAAUUAUCAAAUCAGUUGAAGCGGAUCUCCAAGCUACGAAACUUUCAAAGAAAUUUAAAGUGGAAGCAAAACUUGUUCGCAAUGAAGGCAGCAAGAGCCCAUCGCCUGAUACUCCUAUUAUAGACGUGUAUUUCUUCAAAGUAGACACCCCACAAGAACGUAAACGUGUAAGUUCUGAAGUCCAGUCAACAGAAUUAGAUUAUAGAUCGGUAAAGAAACGUCGCUACACACAAGCUGAAAUGUCAGUUGCACAAUCUAUUGGAAUAGAAUAUCAGAUUUCCGACUCAGACCAGGAAUCAGAGUCAGAAUAUAUGGAAGUCGAAUAUGUUGAUGAAGAGGAAUAUAUAAAGCGACAAUCCAGCAAAUUUCAAGCAGCCAUGUUCGAACAAUCAGCAGCAACUCAUAUAGAAGCAGGUAGCAAAACAUCACAAAGUCUCCAAGCUUCACAAACGACACAAAGAAGCAGUAAACAUAAGCGUAGUGAAGCAUCAGUCGCUGUGAGCGCAAGACAAGAAAAAUCAAGCAUAAGCGAACAAAGCAGUGCUUCCAUAGAAAUGACCAGAAAAAGCAAUCAAGCGAUGAUGGCCCAAUCAAUCGCUGCAAGCGCCGAAAGCGUAAGUGCACAUAGUACAAAUGCAUCUCUAGAAAUAAGUCAACGAAGUCACGAAGCGUCUAUCGCUGGUUCGCUUGCUGUAAGCGCAAAACAAGAACAAAUGGUUAGUGCAACACAAAGCAGUUAUGAAUCUACUGAAAUGAGUCAACAAAGCAAUCAAUCAGCAGUUGCUGUAAGAAGGAAAAAGAAACAGAUGAGUGCAAGUUCGCAACAAAGCAGUCAGUUAUCCAUGGAAAGCCAAGAAACAUCAAUUCAACAAUCAUCUGCUGCCACUAAAGUUAAAAGUGCCCGAAAAAGUACCAACAUUCAAGAAUUGGAAGUCGACACGAAAUCCUUACAAAAGGACAUAAGCGUAAUAGAAAAGGACAUAGAAUCACGACACGCCAAACUGUCUUCAGCAGAUCAUAAAACCAGAAUCGAAGGCGGUUCAAUACAUGACACUAAAAGUCCCUCCCCUCCUAUACAACCACCUACUCCUCUAACUGACGAAUACAUGUUUAGACUUGUAGCCCCUUUACCUAGUAGGGAAGGAACGCCUGUACCCAGAGAUUGCACGGACAGUUCAGAAUCAGAUGAAGAAAUACUUAAAAAGAAACUAACUCCCCAUAUUGACUUGACGAUUGAACAGAGAAUUUUCGAUCCUCCUUUACCGACGCCACCAACGUCCCCAGAGAGAAGAACUAAGCCGUUUUAUACUAAACCAGGUUUAAGAGGCGGUGGCGAUAGAUUGGAUAUUACAAAGGAAGAGAUCUUAGAAAUCGGUAGACAAUCUACUCUUCUAGCCUCUGCUAUAGGCGAAACGAUACGAAAUAUACAACAAUAUAAAUCUGAAGCAGGAAUAAAUAAAGAUAUGGAAUAUAAUAGUAGUGAAAUGGAGAUAAGCGAAUUUAAGUCAAUGGAGUUAAAAGAAUUUAAAAGCGAAGUCGCUGCUGAUAAUAAAGUGGAAGUACUGAUCGAUAAAAUGAUAGAAACUUCUAGACGUUUUUCUGGUGAUGCUGAGGAUGUAGGAAUUGCAAAGGAAGAAGGAAAAGAGUGUAUUAUACCUAUUAAUAAGUUUAACAUAUCCAACAGGAUGGAUUCUAGUUCUCUCGGUUACAAUAUUCAAAAGCCUAACAAUAUCAAUUACAACAAGCUUAACAAUACAAUUUUACAAAUAAUUUGUUCCGAAAUAUAUCGAGGUGUUGAGAGGUACACUGAUACUUCGGUGACCGCUGAAAAAGAAUCUAGUAACCAAGUUCAAUCCAGCUUUAAAUUAGAAGAAGUUAAAGAAAGAAAGAUGGAUGGAAAUAAACUUUCUGAUCAACUAAUGCGAAGCGUUCAAAGUAUGAUUGAUCCCAACGCAACUUUAGAAGAACGUUUAAAACAGGUUCAAUCUCAAAUAGCCGAACUAUCCAGACUUCCUGACGUCAUUCAGAAGACUCUAGAAGAUGUUAAAAUGCAGUUCGAACAACUUAAUCAACAAGUACAACAGAAAAAUGUUGAAAUUCAAAUGAGUCAAAGUGUCCAAGCUGAAAGCCACCAGCAGUUCCGAGUUUCAGAACAAGUAUUUGAAAGUAAGAAAGAAGAGAUUGAAUCACAAAAACCAAUAAUAAUAGAAGUAACAGAAUCUGAAAAUGCUGAACCGAAGAAUUUGGAACCAAUUCAGCAGAAAGAGAUAGUUCAUUCUGUAGAAGAAGAUUUGGAAAUACAGAAUAUUAUUGAGAAGAGAAGAUUGGAAGCGGAGAGUAAAGUUGAUGAGGAACUAAUGAAAGAACGACUCAGCCAAGAACUAAGAUUGGUAAGGGAGAGAUUAUCGCCAAAACCAGGCGUCGAAGGCAGGUCCAUGCCUAAUUUGGGUCUCCCAGAAAGAUUUGCACAAAAUUUAGGUCCCCAUGAAAGAUCUUCACCAAAAUUGGACGUAGCUGGUCCAGCUUUUCAAGAACCAGCUAGGCCUGUUACUCCUAAAAUGUGGAAGAAGUUAGAUACGUAUGAUGAUGCUAAUUUGGAACAAGUGCUGUCAGAAACUUUGGCUGCGCAAGCAGAGGUCAUUCAAGGGAAGGCUAUUGGAGUUAAUUUCAAGAAAUACGAGAAGCCCCCACCACCCCUCGAUCAUCUCCAACACUCUGAAGUGUACAAAGCAAUUCAUGAUAUGGAACAAAAGCCACUUAAAAAGGUGGAACUUUUAAAACCAGCGAUCGCGGCUUCGGACUAUGUUGAGCUAGAAGUAUUGUUGGAUUUGGGACCACAUCCCGACGAGACAGUUGUGAAUAAAACAGUUAACGAACUAAAAUCAUUGGAUGGAGUUAAAGAGGCAAUUUUCAAAGAUGGCGCCGUCAUGGUGGAAACAGUGUUGCCCAGCACAAUGGUUGUCGAUAUUAUAUCUAGAGUGUCUGGCAAGAGAGCAGUGUUGCAAGGUUUUGGUGAAACGCAAUCAGCUGUCGCUAUGAUAUCGAACCAAAGCUGUGGUAAGAUCAUAAUGGGUGUAGUGCGAUUUCAACAGACUGAACAGGGGCCGCUCGUUGCGGACGUUUGUAUAGACGGACUGACACCCGGUGAGCACGGACUGCAUGUGCACGAUACGGGCGAUUUGAGUGAGGGUUGCAAGUCAAUAGGGGGUCAUUUCAACCCCCACAAGUCACCGCACGGGGGUCCGUUAGACCCCCCGGAGAAGAGACACGCGGGUGACUUGGGAAAUAUCAUAGCCGAUGAUACUGGAAGAGCGACUUUUAGAAUACUGGACAACGUGCUUAAGGUAUCAGACAUAGUGGGUAGGUCGAUAGCCGUGACGUCACAAUGCGACGACAUGGGCAGAGGUUCUAGUCCGCUAUCCAAAGUGAAUGGAGAUAGUGGAGAGCCAAUCGCCUGUGGAAUAAUAGCGCGUUCCGCUGGAAUAUUCCAGAAUCCGAAACGCAUUUGUGCGUGUGACGGUGUCGUGGUUUGGGAUGAGAAGGAUCGACCGUUAGCUGGCAAAGGACGGAGGCAGUGUUGUGUUAAAGAUAGUGAAGUGAAACAGUGUUGUAAAGUUUAAAGAAGAAAUAAAAUGUGUGCGUGUACUAGUGUACACACGUAAGAAGUGAAACUUCUUUAUGACCUUAUUUUUCAAAAAAUAAUUUACUAUAUGCAACUUUACAGAAAUACGUGGAAU